AUGGCUGACAGCGACAACCUUCCGAAGUUUUUAAUGAACCUUUUUACAGGCGCAGAGUACGAUAAAGUCGUUGAAGAGCUGACGCGUGAUGAUGUUGCGGCGAGUAGUGUCUCCGACUUGGUGAUUCUAUUCAACCACUUAGGCGAAAGAGAUUUGAACUUGACCGAACAACAGAAAAAGAUCAUCACCGAUGCAUUACAGAAACGCCCUCGGAACUCUCAGCCGAAGCAAAUGAUGUCUGCAAACGUGUAUACGAAAAAGACUAUUGACUACAAGUACUUAAUGGACUGCCGGUAUUGGUCUUCAAAGAUGUUUGCGACAUACUUAAUUUAUAACAAAGUGCCCAAGCCACAGUCUUUCAUGAUAUCCACAGAGACGUCCGCACUCAAUUUUAUCAAUUCGAAUAAAGCAUCAACACGAUUGGAACCAAGUCUCCAGAACAAAGUCAAAGAACAAAUGUUGAAGGACUUCUCAGCUACCGUCUUAACUCGUGCGGCGAGGAAAAUGGCACAGAAAAGAAUAAAAGGACAGUUGGAGCGGCGUGCUAAAGUUGUACGUGAGAUCAUCACCACCGAGGAGACGUAUGUGAGUCAGAUGCGAACGCUGAUAGAAUACGUCUUGAAACCCUCACAAAAGACCGACUUAAUACCAAGCGGCAAGAUCAAAAACAUCUUUGGUGAUUUCACAACACUCUUCUCUGUGAAUGAGAACUUUUUGAAGCUGUUGUUGAACAUCCGAUGCGAUGACUACGCCAACGUCCUCAUAGGAAACUUGUUUUGUAUGUUGGGUCCUGUAUUCAAGAUAUAUAGUGAGUACACAAUGAGUUAUAAUUACAUCAACGACACGAUUAUCCCCAUGGAGAAAUCAAAAGCGCCUUUUAUCGUGUGGUGUCAAGAGCAAUUGAACAAUAAAGACAUCAAAGAAGCGUACCGAAAGUUGUCGUUGACGUCCUUUUUGAUUACUCCAAUCCAACGACUACCAAGGUAUAAACUGUUUUUGAUAGACUUGGUUAAGUGCACUCCGGCAUGUCACCCUGAUCACGACGACGUUAAAAAAGCACUCUCUGUGAUUUCAGUGGUCACUUCCCAAGUCAACGACGGGAAGAAACAGAAAGAGAUGCUUGACAAGAUGAAAGAACUUCAGAAGCGACUUGUUGGUGUCCCCGACACCUUCACGUUGAGUGUCGGGAGUCGAGAAAUCGUUGGUGUUGCAAAAGCGUUUGAGAUACGAAAGAAGUCAUCGAAGAUGGUCGAACUACUUGUAUUCAAUGAUGUUCUUCUGAUCUGUGAAGUAGUUGAGAAAGGUGUGUUCACAAAAACAAUGAGCGACAAACUGAGUUAUGAAAUUGACAUCAAACUGAGUGACUUGAAAAUGUAUGACGUGAAGGAGUCUGACGUUGAAAAGAAAGGAUUUGAAGUCGACGUGUGUCUUGGUUUGACCUACAACAAAAACAAUUACAUCUUCGCGAUGAUUUCAACAGAAGAAAAGACAAAAUGGGCGGAGACCAUAUCUACAGAAAUCGAGACGGCAAAGGCCAAAAAGCAGAAACUUGAAGAACAAGCAAAGAGUGCAUUAAAAGAAAAAGCAGAAGUAGCAAAGCAUCUUAUUCAAGCAAAAUACAACACUUUCAAUACAGUCGGGUCGAAGACGCGUCGAUGGAAAGAUAGAGGAACAUCAAUGGCUUCCUUGUCCUUCGUUGAAAAGGUUCGUAUGGCGGAUGAGAUGAACAGAAAUUUCGCAGCACAAACAAACAACAGUUCUUCUAUUCCAUCGACACCAACACACCAGUGA